ACAUCCGGGUGUUUGUCGUUCAUGUUGUUCUUUGGAUAAGGUAGUGAAGGUCGCACGACACGGGAUUGGUUGUGCAAUGUGUAAACUCACUCUCUCGCGCUCUGUGGCUAGAGGAGAACACUAGCCACAAAGUUGCGCACGACCGUCGGCGACAGCGGCUGCCGGCUUCGAUCUUUAUGGUUGGUAAUGCUUCCAUCAUCUUCGCUACGAUAGCCAUUUCGUCUCCGCCGCUCGAAUUCCCUUUGUCUUGGAUCUUUCCUGGUUCUAUACAGUCGCAAUGUUUCGCCCGAUAGCUAGACGCGCCGUCGCGCAGGCCUCACGCAGCAGCGCUCCAUCGCGGAGAUUUCUAAGCACCGCACCUCCACAUGAGAAGUCACGAAGCUGGAAGAACUCGGCUGUGAGAUGGACAUUGGCUGGUGCUCUGGUCUACUACUACAACACUAGCAAUGUCUUCGCCGAGGAGCAAUCCUAUGUCAGACACGCGCCUCCGGAGACACAGAUCGAGUCCGAGACUCUCCCUACCCUCGAUGCAGUAACAGCGAAACGUCAAGCCCUUCAGGCACAGCUCAAGGCCGGUGUAGAGGCCGAUGCGAAGAAGGCUGCCGCCGCCGCAACCGAUGCUGCACACAAGGCUCGUCAAGCCACUACAAACGCUCCUGUACCAGAGCCAGAGGAUGGCGCAGCCGCUGGAUCGCCACAGGAUCUGGAAGAGGAGGCAGGUCAACAGGGUGCAUUCAACGAGGAGACUGGCGAGAUCAACUGGGAUUGCCCGUGCCUUGGUGGUAUGGCCCACGGCCCUUGCGGAGAGCAGUUCAGAGAAGCCUUCAGCUGCUUUGUCUUCUCCAAGGAAGAGCCCAAGGGCAUGGACUGCAUUGACAAGUUCAAGGACAUGCAAAACUGCUUCCGCGAGCACCCCGAUAUCUACGGCGCAGAGCUCGACGACGAUGUUGAGGACGAGGCAAGGGCACAAGAUGCUGCUGAUCAACCUGGCCAGUCUAGCCAGCCCAGCCAGCCCGAAGCCAACCCUGACGCCGAGAAGGUCGCGCACAAGGAAGCCGACCACCCAGAUGCCAUUCAGGCCAAGAGAGAGCGCUCCAGUGCCGCAUCUGAGCAGGUCAAGCGUGAUCACAGUCCUACGAGCGAAUCCGACAGUCUGGUCCCCAAAGCCGCACACGACGCUACGGGUCAGUAAAGCAAGGGAAAGGAAUAGACCUGUUCUGCCCAUAUAUACACUGUACAUUACGCAUUGGGGCCUGCAACUCUACCAAACCUAGGCAUUUGACAGCCUGAAAAAGCGAAUGUAUCACCACUUCUUUAGACAUGUAAUGAACAGCUGAAAUUCUUUGACAUACAACAAUUGUUGGCUGAGCAAUGAGUGGGACCUUCCUGUAUGCGGAGCACUGUCGUAAUAGCUGAUUCGAGACACGAACCUCUUUGAACAUGGUGGCGAUGGCAUCGAGAUACGUCUUAGUCGACUCCC